GCUUUGCUUGCUUGCUUGCUUGCUUUGAGUAGCUUAUCAUGACACAUCUCCAGUUUCUGUUACUCUCCAACCAAAGGUUCACGAAAUCAUAGUUAGUAGUUUUCCAUCUUUCCGUUCGUCAUUUCAGUCUGGCCCUUUUGGACAUGUCGGAUACUACUCUUGUUGCAACAUCGUCUUCUCAUUUCAGACUUUGCAGUCCACGGCGGUCGUGAGUUCUUGCAAUGGCGAAAGUCGCAACCUUGUUCUCGGCUUCUACAUGCCAGAGGGAGUGCUGAGGGAAACAUUUUUGCUGGAUAAGAUCUCGACCACUCAACUCUUUUUUCUUCUUACUUCCUUUGGUCCGCUUCUGGGCCCUCGGUCCAGAUGUAAUCAUACGACAAGCAGGGCCCCGGCCCCCUCUGUAAUUUUUUUUCUUCUCUUCUUUUCGCUUUCUUUCACUUCGCAACUUUUCAUCAGGUGCCGUGUCGUGGGCUAUCUUUGCAAGCAGAGAGUGGGUAGUUUUGCUUUGCAACGAGUGGAUCCUGUGAGAUCACACAAUGAGUGGAGAUCGGGUUUGUCGCUGUGCAUCGUUCGGUGAGGUCGUCCCCGUAAUAUGGGUGGUAGUGUGGCUAUUGG